GAGUGAGUAAAAUGGCGAAUGAGAAGGAAGAUAGUAUUAAGUAACUGCUCUAGAGUGAACGUUUUGCUACAACUGAAAACCAAAUAUUUUACUUUGUUAUAUAUGUUUUCAAUUUUAUAACUACACACGUUUAUUUCUAAAUAGUGAAUAGCAUUGUAAAAUGACACUGGUUACCGUUCAAAGGUCUCCAAGUUCCCUCUCUCAAGCUAGAAGUGAAUGUAAUGAUAAUGAAAGCGAAAAAGAAGAAACGGAUGAAGCAGAUGAAUUAAAGGGUCAAGAUGAAGUCGGUGAUGACAUUCUGGAGAAAAGUGAAUGUUACUUUGUUGUGAAAGGAGCAGCAGUGAUUCUUCCUCAUGACGAGUGUUUACAUCUUCACCGGCGGUCUUUUUCAAAUGGAGCUGGAGAUCUUCAGAAACAUUUACAGUCAAUGUUUUAUCUACUUCGUCCAGAGGACACAUUGAAAAUUGCAGUCAAACUGGAAAGUGUUCACGUUGGAAGAGCGCGAUACUUGGUGGUCAUCUCCUGUCAGGGUCGACAUAACACUGAAGAAAGCUGUUUGCUUGGGAUUGACUGUAAUGACGACACUACCAUUGGGCUUGUUUUGCCAAUCUGGGCUGAUACCAGCAUCACGCUGGACGGAGAUGGUGGCUUCAGCCUUAGCUCCAGUGGGAGAAAACAUAUCUUCAAGCCAGUGUCUGUUCAAGCUAUGUGGUCGGCUCUUCAGACACUCCAUAAAGCAAGUGCCAAGGCCCGAAAUAAUAACAGUUACAUGUGUGGUGGGUCUCAUCAGUGGGUCAUCUACUAUGAAAACAGUAUUGGGUCUGACCAGUCACGUCUCAAUGAAUGGAAUGCUAUGGAUGAUCUGGUAUCUAGGCGAGCCCCUUCUCCUGAUUCUCUUUUAUCCACAUCAACGGAGCGAGAAGAAACACAGAAAGUGAUUCGUGCCAAAUUAAAAGAAGUGAUGAUGUCUGUAGACCUAGAGGAAGUCACUAGUAAAUAUAUUCGGACACGAUUAGAAAAGGAAAUGAAUAUGAAAUUAAGUGAGUACAAAUGGUACUUGGACCAAGAGAUGUUGACCAUUCUUGGACAGAUGGAUGCUCCAACAGAAAUUUUUGAGUACCUCUUUCUAGGAUCAGAAUGGAAUGCUUCCAACUUAGAAGAAUUAAAAGAUAAAGGGAUCAAUCACAUUUUGAAUGUUACCCGAGAGAUAGACAACUUUUUUCCAGCCAUGUUCAAUUAUUACAAUAUUAGGGUUUAUGAUGAUGACUCCACCAACUUGUUACCGUACUGGGAUGACACUUACAAGUAUAUUAGGAAAGCAAAGGAAGAAGGCUCCAAGGUGCUCGUCCACUGUAAAAUGGGAAUUAGUCGUUCAGCCUCAGUUGUAAUUGCCUAUGCUAUGAAGGCUUACAAUUGGGAUUUGAAGAAAACCAUGUUAUUUGUGAAGAAUAAACGCAAUUGUAUCAAGCCCAAUACCGGUUUCAUGAAACAGCUUGAGGUUUACCAAGGAAUGCUGAAUGCCAGCAAGCAGAGACACAACAGCCUCUGGCGGUCUAAAUCUGAGACCAACCUCAACUCUCCAGACCAACCAGGUCAAUCCAAAACAGGCAUGAAUUCCAAUCUCAUGAAGUCUACAGAAAAUAUUAACCUUACUCCUGAUGAUCCUGGUUUAGCAUUCCGACCCAAGUCAUGGUCCCCUAAUGACUCCUUGGCCCAAGAGUUAUUACCAUGUGAAACAGAAACUGAUAAGAAUUAUCAAACAAAUCAAAUUAAACUUGAAAACAGGCAGAGGUUUGUCACUGAUCUUUCUUGCUAUCCUGGAGUUUGUCAUGAUUCUUGGCCAUUAGAAGACAGUAACAGUAAUUCAGUCACAAACUUUCAAGAAACUCGAAGAUCUUGUGCAAACACUAUUCAAAUGGCUAACCUAUCUUCCAUUCAACACCGAAUCACUGAAUUGGAAUCUCAACUAUCCUCUAGUGACACCCAAAAGACUUCCAAAAUGGACCUUACCAAUAAGUCUGGACUAGUACUCAACUUGGCUACUCAAUUUGAAACAGGCAGUAAGACUGAAUCUGUGUUUUGUGUGGAUGGAAAUAAUAUAAUAUGUGAGUCUGCUUUUCAGUCGACUAGUGACAUUUCAAAUGAUUCAGUUCUUUUUCAUACCAAACCGCCUAUUCCCAAACCCCAGCCAGGGUUUUCUAAAUGUGAAUUGCCUACUUUAAUCAGAGAAAAUAUUUUAGGACCAAAUAGUAUUGUUGGAGGGCUGGCAUUUGGAAGACCCAGGUCUGUGUCUGCUAACGAAGUCCAAUGGCAAUAUAAUGAAUUAUUCAAGGGGUCAACUUCUGUAUCUGAUCCUACUGUUAGAAAACAAAAAGUUGACUCUAAAUACCAAGCUUCAAUGACUGCAAAAAAUUCUAAAUCAGAAAAUAGUCUUUCUCUUACUACAAAACCUAGUCAAGUUAGUAAGGCAAUAAAGCAGCAAGAGAAAUUAUUUUUUAGGCCUGUACAAAGUUCCUUGGGUUUGAAUUCUUCCACAAGUUCUUCUUUUGCUCCAAAAAAACUUUCCAAAGAUAGUUCUUUCUUCAGACCAAUUGAAAAAACACCAGAACAGUCAGCCACAAGUGGAAUUCUCCAAUCAGAAGCAGGUAAUACAAUGCCACAAAAAGAUAGGUUUUCAUAUGAAAAGGAAAGCAUUCCAUGGACUCCUGGCACAGUGAAACGAACUAGGCAGCAAAUUGAAGAGAAAAGAACAAGUUUUUGUUGUGAGAAUUACUGGCUUCUUUCAAAUUCACAUUCCACUCCUUCCACUCCACCAGAACUGGGGCUAGAUUGUGAGAUUGGCACAGGAAAGAACAUACAGCGGUCUCAUAGUCUACGCUGUGAUAAAAGGCCUCUUUCACAGAUGUUUCCAGUUAAAUGGUUUCCCCUUCCAGCUCUGGCAACAAAUGGACCAAUACCACCUAAGACUCAGUGGAGUAAACAUGAGUUUGGGUUCAGUGAAGAGAGGACUGACAUGUCACAUAGUGCAAGCAUGCCAUCUAUGGUUGAAGCUGUGAAUAAAGUCAUCUGUGGAACACAAGAGGUGUUAAAUAGUGCCAUUCAAUCAGCAUCAAGUGAGUCUUCAAGAAGUGCUACUCCAAAACUACAACCCCGACCUGAACUUGAUAAUAUUACUUUCUCAUCAGAUACAAGAAUAAGGGAAGUUGUGUCACCUUUGAAUGAUGUUGAUGCUUAUCAGGAAAAGCCAGCACCAGUGGCAGUUAAACUUGAAAGAGAUCAGUUAGAAAGUUUAAACCCUAAGAGUCUAACAAAUUGCAUAUGGUCUGAUGGAAUGCAUGAAGAUUUUAAAACAAAAAGAUCAAAAAUCCAAGAAUAUGGUAAAAUUCUAGUCCCUAGUGAUGACACAAAUGAAGGUGGAAAAGGUGUAGUUAAAAAGCUAACUAAAGAAUUAGAGGCAAAAUCAGGAUAUGGUUUAAACGAUAGAGUGUUGACACUUGAUAAGGAGGGGAAGGAACAGAACUUUGUAGCUAAGCCUUGGAGAAGCAACAGUUCACCUUCUUCACCUAACAUAGACAGUCACAUUAAGUCAACCAGUCAAGGUACAUUAAAAGACAUCAAGUUAAUGAAUAAAAUAAGAGCUCACUCAGAUGUUUUACAAGAAAUGGUCCCUGUCUCUGAUCAUCUUACUUUUCCAAUGGAGACAGUUAAUAAGUCAGAAAGUUUUUUCAGGAAGGCAGCAUCUCCUAGCUUACCUAAUCUUACACAAAGAAAGUCUUUGGUAAAUUCAGAGGUUAGUGAUAAAGAAACUUUACAUUCAGAAGUAUCUAGAAAAAGUGUUAUUGGUCUCACCAAUAAUGGCAUUCACAAAGAUGUGAUGUGCACACAGUUUAGUCACUCAAAUCUUCAACACCCCGAUCCUCAAAAUUCACAGAAAAAUACUACAAUUCUUUCAGAAGGAGUUCUUGAAAAAGAAAAGAGAAUUCAAGGUAACAAUCAAUCACUGAACUGGGUUAAUCACUUUAGCAAAACCAUGUAAUUAUUAAUGUUAUUAUUUUAAAGAUGUGUAUAAAUUGUACAGGUAGUUGAUGCAUUUUAAUUUAGAAAUAUUGUGUAUUUGAUACAUUUGUGUUGUGAGCAGAUGUUGAGUCAUUUAUAGUGUUGUUGUUUUUUUUCCAAUGCAGCAAGAGAGGAUUCUUCAAACAAGAGUCUAAUAUAUCAUGUUGUGUCAAACAUUCUUGAUGUACUUGGUAAAAGAAAGAAAUAAUUCACGUAUUAUAUUUACUAUUAUUUAAGUCUGCGAUUUAUCGAUGGAGAGGUUCAUAUCCAAUUUUUAUCUCUUAAUCAUUGUUGUCUAACUGGGUGUGACUAAUUUAAAGAAGAGCCAGAAAUUUGGAUAUUGCUACAUAAUUUUAAGAAGUAUGUUUCUUUUGAAUCAAUACUUUUAAUUGAGAUGGGAAUAUAUCUGAUAUUUUGUUAUUUUUUUGUUUAACUGAGUAUGAAAUAAUCAACCUAUAAACAUACAUUUCUGGAAUGUCAAGAGGACUACUGAAUGAUUACAAUAACUUGUUGUUAAGUGCUGUGUAAACUGAGCAUAGGAUUUCAGCUGGUAACAAAAAAAGUGACUAUUUGCUAUUGCACUGGUAUAACCAACUAACUGCUUAGUUUGUGUCACCUUGUAUCUUUACAGUUUAUACUAGCUUUUAGUAUAUCUUUGGAAAUCUUUCCCCCCUACCUCUUACACACACUAAAAUACUGAAGUAGCUGAAAUGUUCUGUUUAAAAUUUAAAAUUGAACUCCUAAGAUUUCAGUCACACUCAUCUCAUCCUUUUCAGCAACUGCAAGGGCAAACAAUAUAUUUUACUUUUUAAGAGUUUUUGAGACUCGGAAAACAACGGAAACAAUAAAAAACAUUUUAAGUCUAAAUUCUAAUCCCAGUUGGGGGAAUUACUAAAACAGUGUCUUGCUUUGUAUUUUUCUUUUGUGGCCUCAUUUGCCUGUAUUACUAGGCUUAGUACAAGUAAGACAUUGUUAUCAGGCAUUUUUAAAUUUCUACAGGUACGUGUAUGCAUCUAAAAUAAUGCUUCCUAAAUAAUCUUUAUUAUUAUACACUAAUCUUAAAUCUUCUCUUUCAUUAUGGGUUAUCAUACUCAAAAGGUAGUGUAUUAGAUUUUAUAUGGGACUGGUCUUUUAUAGUAGUUUUUUUUUUUCAUUUGAACAGUGUGUUUUAGCAUGACUUUAUUUCUAAUAGAAAAUCUAUUUUCUGAUUGAUCUGCACUAAACACACAACUGUGGUGCAGUACUGACUAAGCAAUAUUUAUCUGAACCAUAUCAUAACUUGUAUAUACUGUGCUUUACUGGACAUGUUAUGGCCUUCUCUAAUAUCGCUAUCAACAACCUGCAUUUAUCUUUUGUCAAAUGAUUUUUGAUUAUUUUUUUCUUUGGUUUUUAAACAGCUGUUUGGAACACCUUACACCUUGUACUCCCGUUUGUUUUUUGACUAUCAAGUGAUUAGUGAAAAUGAUUUGUGUGUGUGUAUGUGUAAACACUUUUGUUUUGGAUGAUAAUAGGUAUUCAUGUUGAUUUUAAUAUUAUAAGUAUUUAAAAAAAAAGCAAAUAUGUAUGCUUUGUUUUGAUCUCAGAUUUAUAACUUGUUAAAAUCAGAAAAGAAUGUGGCAGUUUUGGCUAUCCUAGCAAUUGGCUAUGUAGUGCAGAGUUGAAUUAAGCUAUCAGGUAUAGCAGAAACACAAACUAACAUACAGGGGUGAAUAUAGUCAUUUACCCCUACAGUGUUGGGAAGUAGUCAUAUUUUUAGACCCCAGUUGCUUCAAGAACAUAUAUCCUUUUUGUGAUCCAUUCACUACAGCUCUUGUGUAUUUAAAUGUAUGUGUAAUUUGAAUAUGUAAAUAGACAAUUUAUUCUUUGGGUGCCUAAGCUGUCACACACUGAUUUGAUUUCUUAGUUUCUGUUGUACAGUGUACCUCAUUUGGAACUAAGUAGAUUUACCUUGUUCCUUGAAAUCGUAUAUAUAUGUGUGUAUAUAUAUAUAUAUAUAUAAUUGAUUCCAGCACAAUAAAAGUUUGAUGACCAGAAUA